AUGGUGGCUUUCACACGGGACUUUUCAGAUGCCUCUUCUGUCGCUUCCUCUGCUGUCACACCCUCCCCUCACCCCGCCUCCUCACACCCUCUCGCCUCGUUUGAAGCACCUCUUGAAUCGCCUGCUGUUGAGAAAUCUCAGAAGAUUUCUCCUCUCCUGGUCGCUGCCUCACACCCUCUUGCCUCGUUUGAGGCAUCUUCGUUAAGCAGAGAGGUUGCAGGAGUGGGGGAUGGUGGUGGGAGCACGCAUAUACAGGUGCAGAGUGCUGCAGCUAACAGUGAGCAUGUGGCUAGUGGACUACAGGGGAACAGAGAUGGACUUCUGUCAAGUGCGGGCGGAGAGGUAGAGAGGGCUAUAGAUGACACACAGACACCAGCAGGACGGGGAGCAGACGAUGAGGGGGCACGAGUAGGGGAGAGGCAUUUUGGGGAUGGAGGUAUGGGAAUGGGCAGGCGAGAGGUGGGAGCUGUGCUGGUGGGGAGCGGGAGGGAGAGUGAAGGAGGGGGGCAUUUUGAAAGGGAGGAGUUGGGUGAACGGUCAAGUGGAGGGAAGGAGUUGGGGGAGGGGAGGUUGGCAACGAAUGGGAGUGUGGAUGAGCUCAUGGCAGAGCUAGUCCAAGGCGUUUCUGGGCAGGUGGCGCUGAGCCUGCCCGAGGAGAAACGGGCAGCGGUGAAAAAGAUGCUGAUGGGGCUUCGGAGGCGCCUGGUAGUUGCCCAGACGGACAUGGGGGAGCUGAUGGAGCGAGUGGCACAAGAAACUGCUGUGAAGGAGUUUUUAGCAAGCAAGGUGCGAGGGCUGGAAGCUGAACUAGACGCAGAACGGAGGAAGCUGCGAGCGGAGGUGGCGAGGGAGGUGCGGGAGGAGCGGGAGCGACAGCUGGCAGCGCAGUGGCAGGCGGAGGAGGACCGGGCGGCACUGGGUGAAACAAGGGAGAGCGUGGGACGACUGGAGUCGAAAGAAGGAGCGUUGGGAUGGGCUUUUGAGAGUGGGAGUGACAGCUGGCGGCACAGUGGCAGGCGGAAGAGGACCGGGCAGCACUGGGAGAAGCGAGAGAGACUGUUGGGAGACUGGAGUGGCAGGCAGAGGAGGAUAAAGGCUGCUCUUGGUGAAGCGGGGGAGAGUGUGGGUCGACUGGAGGAGAGUCAUGCGUGUAGACAGGGGAAGGACAUGCUUGUCGCAGCGGGAGUGGCAGCAGGAGUGGCAGCGGGAGUGGCAGCUGGAGUGGCAGCUGGAGUCACCCCUGUGUACCACACUCCACCACACAAGCAGAGAGAGAAAGCAGAGCUACAGCAACAGCUGCUGUCAGGAACGAAAGAGAAAGCAGAGCUACAGCAGCAGCUACAGACAGCAACGGAGGAGCACCAGAAGGCACAACAAGACAAGGCUGCUGAGCUGGCAGCUGUGCAGGCGUCCGAGGCUCAGGCUCGGGCCGAAGCAAAGCUGUUGGCUCGAGAGGUGAAGGUCCUUCGGCAAGCUGUUGCUGAAGCUGAGAGGAAGAGACGGGCGGCAGAGGAGCGGACAGCUGAGCUGGAGGCCCAACAGGAGGCGCACAGUGGUACCAUAUCGGCAUGGCAAUCCAAGGCAGAGCGCUUCCUUCACGAGGUGCGGCUGCUGCGGCAGCGCAUGAAAGACGCCACUGUGGAACGGCUUUCAGGGAGUGAAAGGGCUGGAGUCAGCAAGAGAGGAGGCGGGGAUGGGAUGAAUAGAAACGGCGGAGGAGCAGGAGGAGGGAACAAGGAGGCGGAGCAGGUAGCAGCAGAGAGUGCUGGGGCAAAACGAGGGGGGGAAUCGGGAGUGCAAGAGGAGAUGGAGUUGCUUGUUACGUCAGACAGGCGGCUAGAACUGCUGGCGGCAGAGGUAUGUGAUUCAGAGCAGUGGUGUUAUAUUAUCACAGCAGCACUCACAGCAGGAGUGCAAGAGGAGAUGGAGCUGCUGGUUACGUCGGACAGGCGGCUUAAGCUGCUGGCAGCAGAGGUGCGUGCUGGUGCGAUCAGAGGUGUUGUGAUGUUUCCAUAG